GUGAGUUUCAGAGACAAGAUGGCUGCCAACAUGAGUGUUUUCCAGCGAUUACAGAAAGCUUGGAAGCAAUUAGACUCGUUAUUUCUAAGAUGGACAGUGUCACAAUAUCAGUUUUUGCCAGCUUUGGUUGGAGGUCCAGUUGUUCCUGAGGAGACGGACAUUAUACCAUCAGACAAUUCAUCCUUCCUGAGAGAGUUAUUUGGUGGAAAUGGAAUAAUGUGGAUUUCACAUCAAACCCAAAGGUCUCGCAGGUCAAAAGAAAAGAGACAAACUCGAAGAUUUGGAUACUCAUUUGUAGAAAAACGUGUAAAAAUCCAUAAAGAUAUAGUGUCUUGUUUACGUUGCGGGAGCUUCCACAAGCUCAACACGAUAUGUGGUAACUGCUAUGACAAGGUGCGACAGGAGACCGAUGAGAUGAGGAAGAAGAUGGGCGACCACCUUGAGUAUGAAUCACCACACAAGGAAGUAGCAGUGAUUUAUGAAGGCGAAGAAGAUCAACAACAAAAAUUACAUGAUAAAUUUAUUGUACAGAUGGACAAACCUAGACCAAAGUGGUUCUCUGAUUUCAUAGAUGCUGAUAAGAAAAAGAAAAAGUGGUCAGACUCAUGACAGGAAAAUUGAUCAGCAGUUGAAGCCUGAUUGUGAAUUCAUUAUAGUGUACAAUGUAAUUAUUAUAGAAAUACUGUCGGGAGAUAUUGUUUAUAUGAUGUUGAAGGACUGUUUAUAAACAACAUCAGAUGAUCCAGUCUUGGUUGCAUGUGGAGGAUGUUUGUAAGGACACUAUCAACCAAACUUAAAAGUGACAAUCUAGAAUAAUAAACUUAGGGUAAAAGUCCCUUUAUAGGCUUAUCUUCCACUUUCAUCUUGCAUCUAAUUUUGGAGUACGUGUAAAUGGAAAUAAGGUUUGCUACACGAUUGUUGAUAGAAAAUAUGGUGUUCAGAAUGUGGUUUGAAAAAUAAAACAAUAAUACGGAGCUUUGUAUUACCUUUAUUGU